AUGGACCACAAGCGCAAGGCCAACGGCUCGAACGGAACUGGUGUCGGUAACGGCGAUGACAGAGCGGCAAAGCGACAGAAGGGCGCGAGUGACGGCGACCUCAGCAAAGGCGAAACCCCUGAGUCCACCUCCGUAAAAGGUCUUGCCUUUCUCGAGCAAAUCAGGAAGACCGCAGACAAGCAUGGCCGACCCGUCGCGGGCUAUUUUGAGAAGCUUCUUCCCAGGGAUGGGAACGAAGACUACUACCAAAAGAUCCGCUUGCCAAUCUCGUUGGAGACAAUUGAGCGCAAGCUGAACAAUCAUGAAUUUGCUACAAUGUCAGAGUUGGAGAGCUACAUGAAGCGAAUGGUCACCAAUGCCAAAGAGUACUAUACAAGAAAUUCCGAUAUCUACGACGAUGCCGAGCGUGUGCGGAAAGCUACUAGCAAUUACAUGACUAAGAACAAUCCUGCCUACAAGCUAAUUCCCAACUACUCGGCUAUCGCGACCCCUAUACCUGCAGAUGGCGAUCAGGAAGAACAAAAUGACGUUCGGCCAGCGCGAUCAUCAGCCAGGGCCAAAAAGGAAGUAGAAGAGGUAGAAGAGGAUGCCGAGGGUGAAGACGAAGACGAGGAUGCUGAUGGUGAGGAGGAUGAAGAUGCCGAUGGCGAGGCCGAUGAUGACGCAGAUGAGCCAGUUGCGCCAAGGCGCAGAGGCCCCGGACGGCCACCCAGGGGCGAUAUUACCAGCACACCAAAAGUAGCUGACAGAUCAUCAAUUGGUGGAGGGAAGGCGGACACUCAAUACGAGAAUGUGGCCUAUAACGGCCUCACAUUCCAACAAGCCCAGGAAAAGAUUGUCGAGGAGCUUAUUCGCCGGAAGGAGGAAGAGGACGAGUGGGCAUAUUUCGAGCCCUUUAUGAAUCUUCCUCCCCGCGCUUUGAAAGACUACUACCAGCUCAUUGAAGAGCCUAUCUCCUUAAAGAAGCUGCAGAAGCUCGUCAAAGGAGUUCAUGGCAGAGGGGAUGCGACUGGUGUGAGUGACUUCAAAAGCUGGGCUGCCUUUGAAGAGAAAGCUAGUUUGCUCUGGGAAAAUGCCUUCUACUACAAUGAGGAAGGCAGCGAGAUUUCAGAAAUGGCCAAAGAGCUGAAGGAUGCUUUCUAUGAGGAACUUCAAGAUGCCAAGGAAGCUGUUGAUGAACCCCCUCAACCCAAGAUCAAACUCAAUCAAGCAGCACCGAGCCCCGGCUUGCCGUACGACAUCAAGUACCGAUUGCCCGGUAGAACUGCUGCAGAUGCUCUGAUUACCAAUCUAUGCAUUCGAACUCAGAUGAGCCUGAACCAGGACCGGCGGUUUGUUUUCAACCUGCCUGCGCAUCCAAAAGAGGCCCAGCAAUCAGUCACUAUCAACCUGCCCAUCACUCAGUGGAAGAUCCAGGUCAUCCCUCGCAUCAAUCAGUCCCUGGAGGCUCAAGGGCGGCCAUACAAGCUGUUUGUGAUUGUCAACGGACAAACUAUGGGUCGGCAGAUACCGUCGCCUCAAGACCCAGUUGAUCCUGGUUGUCAGCUAUUUGAUGUGCAGCUCCAUGCCGGUGUGAACACCAUCAUGGUCCAAAUGAUUGCAGCUGUGCCGAAGGGCCAGAAGCUACCCAAUGGAGCAGACGCAGAGCUGGAGAAGAUUACGGUCUUGGCCAAUCUGAUUAAGUACUAG